UUUAUAAUUUUGUGAAAUAAACGGAGAAAGAUAAUGAAGAGGUGUGGUGUCGAAUGGAGACCCAUCUUCACCAGUGCUACUGGCACGCUUCCAAAUUUCUGGGUCACCCUAUUCCACCUUCGCACCUAUCCUCCUCAUGGCGACCCUUUCUUCUGGCAAGACCCUUUUCCCCUUCUCUCGUCUCUUGCUCCUCCAACAACUUCCCACGUUGGGAUUCCAACGCCGAAUCCUUUCGACCCCGAAAUUUCAACUCCAACGGCCCCAGAGGUAAGGAACGGGAAGAACAAGAACAAGGGUAUGGGAGGAAGAGACGCUGGUGGUCUGAUGAGGAAAAAGAAUUCGUGGAAGAUGAAGAAGAAAUUUCUAGUGGAAUUUUGGAAGAAACCAUUGAUGGUGUCUGGUUUCUGCAGCCAUCAGACACAGAUUGUUUUCCUCUUCAGUGCUCUCAUCAAAUUCACUGGAUGUGCUAGAAUCAUUUUCUUCCCAGGCAAUAUUUUCAAAUCCUAUGGUUGGACUCUACCGGUCAUUCUUGCAUCAUGGUUGCUAUCUAGUGGUCCUAAAGCUUUCCUUAUGGCAUUAGCUCUUCCUCUUGGCCAGUCAGCACUUGCACUAGCAUUUGAUAAAUUAUGGAGACAGCCAGAGACCAAACCAAAACGCAAGUAUCGGACGAGGAGGAAAUCCCGCCGCGCUAACAACACCAGAGUUGAGGAAGAACCUGCAGAAAACCAGAGAACCAAAAAUGGGUACCAAUCAUGGGUAGUUGAAGAUGAUGGUUCAGUUGAUAAGGGCAGCCAAGAAGCAGCACAGAGUUUUGGUGGAUGGGAUCACUUGGAAAGGUCAAGACCCAUGAAAAAGUCUUCCUUUGCCAUGGAUGGAUCACCAACGAUUCCUACAGAUGGUGGUAGGUUGAGUAGGAGAGAAAGAAAAAGUGACACGCCUCUGCUGUUUAGAUUGCUUAUUGCAAUUUUUCCAUUUUUGGGCAUAUGGACAAAGAUGUUGUAAUAGUCUCUCCUCUACCAUAACUUGAUCUUGGAUGAGUUGGAUGUGAUCUUAUACAUCUUCCUCGGAUGAAGAGAAAAACCAAUACGUUGGUUUGUGAUGAUUGUUUGUCAAUA